AAUCAUCUCAAAAUGGCUGCUAUCGUGAGACUCCACAGACUAACGAAGGAUCAACUGUCUCUCGCUGCUCAGAAGAACAAUAACAAACCAGGCAGAAAACCAACGAAGAAGAACAACUCCACCACCAGAGGAAGAAAACAAUCCACAGGAAAAGGAAACAACUCUGCUGACAGUGAAAGUGUUUCUAGCCAGGUAUCAUCGGCCCCUAAGUGGUGGGGUCGCCCCAAGGGAAGCAAAAACAAACCCAAGAUAAGUCUACAAAUCUCCAGCGCCAUCUUGAGGCCUGACGAGGUAAAACAAGAGGUGAAACAAGAGAUGGACGAGCUGCCUAUCGGUACAAGAAGUGAUGAACACUGGUUGAACUCAGUGAAGCCAGAGAGCUACGACCCAGAGAUGGGUAACACCAGGGGACCUACAGAGAGCGACCCCAGGACAGAUGCACAUCAGCUGGGUAUCAAGACGGAGGAUGCCCCCCUGUACCACCAGGAUGGAGGGAGGCGGCUGCGGUCGGCUACCGUUCAGCUGUUCAAUCUGGCUGCGUUGCGGUCUGAGCCAGAAUGGCGGCCUCGCAACCAGAAGGUCCGCCGGUUCCCGUGUCCAGACUGCGGCCAGAAGUUCUUCUCCAAAACCACGCUGGAGAUCCAUUCCCGGAUCCACACCCAGUACCGGCCGUACUCCUGUGAGGUUUGCCAUAAAACCUUCUCCAGGAAAGGCGGUCUGGUCGAGCACCGACCAAUCCACGAGGCGGAACGCCCCUUCGCCUGCCUCCAGUGCGGCAGAACCUUCACGUUCAAAUCCAACCUGACCCGCCACAUGCGUUUCCACAGCGACGCGCGGCCCUACGUCUGCUCCCAGUGCGGCCGAGGCUUUAAGAUCUCCGCCCAACUCAAGAGCCACAUGAUUUCCCACAGCGGGUAUAAACCGUACGUGUGCCCGGAGUGCGGCCAGAGUUUCGUCCGUUACAUGAGUCUCAAGUAUCAUCGGCUGAGCCACACCGGCGAGCGCCCGCUGUCCUGCCCAGAAUGUCCCAUGACCUUUGCCCGGCCGCACACCCUUAUGAUCCACCGGCGACAACACACCGGGGAGACGCCGUUCUCUUGCCAGGACUGUGGGAAGAGGUUCAAACAGGGGUGCCAACUGAAAGACCACGUUAGAAGGAAACACACAGGGGAGAAACCGUACAAAUGCUCCGAGUGUGACAAGUGCUUCGUCACUUCGCGUCUCGUAAAGUGCAUGGUUGUCCACACAGGAGAGAAGCCGUACCAAUGCACAGAGUGCUGUAGGAGAUACAGUCAGAGUGGGGGCCUGAAGAGGCACAGGUGUGAGCAACAAACCAGGUGA